GAACACCAGAACUCGAAUUAUAAUUAAUGAUAAGAAGAAUCAAGGAAAAAUGUUCCCCUUUUCUUUCUUCCAAAGGAGGAUCUCAUUUUUCUUUCUUUGAAGCUUCUUAAGAUCUCAUUCUUGAUCCGGCAAUUCCUCGAUCCCGAGCUCGCCGACGCGGAUCCGAUCUAUUCGCCGGCGGACCGCGGGAGAUCGGCGUCGAUGAACUCUUGAGACGCUUCGGACCUGAUCCGACAGCGAUGGGGGCUUGCAUGUCUUUGGAGGAGCAAAUUGAAAUCGGUAAAGCAACUGCAUCGCUGUAUCCUGACGAGAAUAAUGAUACAUCUCAAAAUAAUGUUAUAAGUGCAUUAGCCCCUCCGAAGGAUGUGGAUGAUCUGCGGCUGAUAUCUGGAUAUGGAAAUGUCAAUAUAUUCACGUAUAGUGAAUUGAGAGCUGCUACCAAGAAUUUCCGGCCAGAUCAGGUUCUUGGAGAGGGUGGCUUUGGGGUUGUAUAUAAAGGUGUUAUUGAUGAGAGUGUCAGGCCAGGUUCUGAAACCAUCCAAGUUGCUGUGAAAGAGCUCAAGUCAGAUGGCUUGCAGGGAGACAAGGAGUGGCUGGCAGAAGUAAACUAUCUGGGGCAACUUAGUCAUCCCAAUCUUGUCAAACUUAUUGGUUACUGCUGUGAAGGUGAUCACAGGCUGCUAGUUUAUGAGUAUAUGGCUUCUGGCAGCCUUGACAAGCACCUUUUCCGACGGGUUUGUCUUACAAUGCCAUGGUCUACUCGAAUGAAAAUUGCCCUCGGUGCUGCAAAAGGACUAGCCUUUCUUCAUGCAGCUGAAAGAUCAAUCAUCUAUCGUGACUUCAAGACAUCAAAUAUCUUACUGGAUGAAGAUUACGAUGCAAAGCUCUCAGACUUUGGCCUUGCAAAAGAGGGGCCUACAGGUGACCAAACUCACGUUUCCACUCGGGUCGUUGGUACAUAUGGAUAUGCGGCUCCCGAGUAUAUAAUGACUGGCCAUUUAACUGCAAGGAGUGAUGUUUACGGAUUUGGAGUUGUAUUGCUGGAGAUGCUUUUAGGGAGAAGGGCAAUGGACAAGAGCAGGCCCAGCAGACACCAGAACCUCGUUGAGUGGGCUCGACCGCUCCUGAUCAAUGGUCGGAAGUUGCUAAAGAUCUUGGAUCCAAGAAUGGAAGGGCAAUAUUCUAACAGAGUUGCAACAGAUGUGGCUAGUUUAGCAUAUCGAUGCCUGAGCCAGAACCCGAAAGGGAGGCCAACAAUGAACCAAGUAGUCGAGUCGCUUGAGAGCCUUCAAGACCUGCCUGAGAACUGGGAAGGCAUCCUGUUUCAGAGCAGUGAAGCUGCUGUGACUCUCUAUGAGGCUCCGAAAGAGAUUGUGAGUGACCAUUUAGAAAAGAACUCCAGCGAGAAUGGAGAGAAUGAAUCAAAUGUGCAUGCCAAGGGAAGAAAGAAGCUUGGAAAUGGCAGAAGCAACAGCGAGCCACCGGUGGAGUUCAGUCAGUACAGUCCUUCACCUGAGUCUGAGAGACAUGAGCCAAGUAGAAGAUCAAUCGAUCAUGACAGAAUUCCAACGCCACCUGCCUAUUGAGCCGACGACGUAUAAAUUGUAUUUCUUCUUUUUUUUCUUUCCUCUAGAAUCUGUCAUUUAAAUCUAGGAAUAUAACAUGAGAUCAGACAUAUAUGAAAAUUUUUAUGGAAAUUUAUGACCUCCAACUAUUUGAAGUA